AUGUCUUCUGCGCAGGGAUUUAUCAAAUCUAGCCAGCCCGGUAGAUUCACCGCUACAUUCAGCAUCGACGCCGGUUUGUACCACUUCUCAGGCACCAUCAGCCCGCCAACUGCGCCCUUCGAAAGCAACUUUGCGACUCUGCAGUACAGCUCUCUUGAGAGCCUCGAAGGGUCCCAGCAAAUUACCGGAAUAAUCGGAAGCCGCGACGAGGUUUCAUUAACGUUUGACGAUGGUACGUCAAUCAAGGGGCCUCUGAAUCUUCCGGUAAGCCCUGCUUCUCGAGUUGAGGGUACGGGAUACUGGUCCCAGGAGUAG